AUUUUCAAACAAGAUAUGUUCCUGUAUUUAAAAUCUGAUGUUGGUUGGGCAUCUAACAAUAUUAUGGCCAGAGGACUCAGACCAUAGCUGCAUCCCUGUGAGGUGCAGACGGUCCAGGGCACGUGAGUCCUGCCCAGGAUGUCCACACUCAGUUAACCUGACAAAGCGGAAUAGAAUUCAGAUGCUGAAUUUUCCUUCUGGCCCCAUUCAUGUAGCAGGUGGUGAUUUAGGUACUCCUGGGGGAUGCUUUCGGGUCUGGAAGCAGGAAAGAGGGAGCAGGCCAGCAGACCCUGCCGCACUGGGGUCUGAAGCCAGGAGGCUGAGAGAAUGCUCGGAUCAAGACCAGCCAGACCUCCAGCCCCCAACCCUGCUCUCCCUAGAGAGAGAACACGCCGCUUCUGUAUAUGCUGAACUCGGAGCUCUGGAGACAGGGAGGGUGGAGCCCAGGGACACAGGCUGGCGACCUGUCCCUGGAUGUGUUUACCGGCACAGCACCAGGUUCCAGCAACCAGGGUGCUGACACGGCCCAGCUCCAACCUCACCAGGUCACUGGAUGGAACCUCUGAAGGCCACCACUGAGGGAAUCAGCCUUUGAAAUGAUGGCCAACAGCAGGAUUGCCCUCCCAGGCUGGCAGCCGGCCCCCAGCGGCACCAUGUCUGCCCUCGGCAUCACUGUGGCCCUGCUGGUGUGGGCGGCCAUUCUCCUGCUGGUGUCCAUCUGGAGGCAGGUGCACAGCGGCUGGAAUCUGCCCCCAGGCCCUUUCCCACUUCCCAUCGUCGGGAAUCUCUUCCAAUUGGAAUUGAAGAAUAUUCCCAAGUCCUUCACCCAGCUGGCCGAGCGCUUCGGGCCGGUGUUCACGCUGUACCUGGGCGCGCGGCGCGUGGUGGUGAUGCACGGCUACAAGGCCGUGAGGGAGGCGCUGCUGGACUACAAGAGCGAGUUCUCGGGCCGAGGCGAAAUCCCCGCGUUCCAGGCGCACAAGGACAGGGGAAUCAUUUUCAAUAAUGGGCCCACCUGGAAGGACAUCCGGCGGUUUUCCCUGACCACCCUCCGGAACUACGGGAUGGGCAAACAAGGCAACGAGAAUCGGAUCCAGAGGGAGGCCCACUUCCUGGUGGAAGCGCUCAGGAAGACCCAGGGCCAGCCUUUCGACCCCACCUUCCUCGUCGGCUGCGCACCCUGCAACGUCAUAGCUGACAUCCUCUUCCGCACGCGUUUCGAGUACGAUGAUGAGAAGUUUCUGAGGUUGAUGCAUUUGUUUAAUGAGAACUUCUACCUGCUCAGUACUCCCUGGCUCCAGCUUUACAAUAAUUUUUCCAGCUAUCUACACUACUUGCCUGGAAGCCAUAGAAAAGUCAUAAGAAAUGUGGCUGAAAUAAAAGAGUAUGUGUCUGAAAGGGUGAAGGAGCACCAUCAAUCUCUGGACCCCAACUGCCCCCGGGACCUCACUGACUGCCUGCUGGUGGAAAUGGAAAAGGAAAAGCCCAGUGCAGAACCCUUGUACACAAUGGACGGUAUCACUGUGACCGUGGCUGACCUGUUCUUUGCGGGGACAGAGACCACCAGCACCACUCUGAGAUAUGGGCUCCUGAUUCUCAUGAAAUACCCUGAGAUCGAAGAGAAGCUCCAUGAAGAAAUUGACAGGGUGAUUGGGCCAAGCCGAGUCCCCGCCGUCAAGGACAGGCUGGAGAUGCCGUACAUGGACGCUGUGGUGCAUGAGAUUCAGCGGUUCAUCAACCUCGUGCCCUCCAACCUGCCCCAUGAAGCAACCCGAGACACCAUUUUCAGAGGAUACGUCAUCCCCAAGGGCACAGUCAUAAUUCCAAGUCUGGACUCCGUUUUGUAUGACAACCAAGAAUUUUCUGAUCCAGAAAAGUUUAAGCCAGAACACUUCCUGAAUGAAAAUGGGAAGUUCAAGUACAGUGACUAUUUCAAGCCAUUUUCCACAGGAAAACGGGUGUGUGCUGGAGAAGGCCUGGCUCGCAUGGAGCUGUUUCUGCUGUUGUCUGCCAUUUUGCAGCACUUUAAUCUGAAGUCUCUCGUGGACCCAAAGGUUAUCGACCUCAGCCCCGUAACGAUUGGGUUUGGCCGCAUUCCCCCGCAUUACAAACUCUGUGCCCUUCCUCGCUCGUGGGUGUAAGGAGGACACACUCAUUCCUGAGCCCCCCGCUUUCAAGCAAGUUUUCAAAUUGUUUGAGGUCAGGAUUCCUCAACCCCAUUCCUUUCUUUGCAUAUGAAUAUUUGAAAAUAAACAUUUUCCUGGAAUAUAAA